GGCAGCCACUUCUACCAUGGACCCAAACAUAUAAAAACCUCGUGUUACUGGGCAGCUUUUGUCUUCUUCUUUGGCUAUCCUGCCAGAAAACACACGUCUCGUGUGCAGCAGAUACCUCGAUAAGACCCAAACGUCUGUACUGCACAUUCCUUUGUAAUAAAUCCAUUUGCUGUUAACUUUUUCUAAUCAUUGGUCAUAUCUUCCUCGACUCGUGAACAUUCGUAGGGUCGAAACUCGCAAAUCUCUACAACAGCUACAAAAAAAAAUAAUAGUUUCGUGCAGACCAUGUAAUACGUCUCUCACAACAUAACAAAAGAUCCGCGUACGAAAUAUGUUGAUGUGCGCACCCGACGGUGUCGGGCUGCUGCAUCACUUCGCCAGCGCAGCGCACGAGCCCCCGGAUGGCGGCGGCUCUGAAUAACGCUGCCACAAUGCAGCACUCAGCAGCGUGCGACGACAACGCAAGUAAAGCGCCCCGGCUCUACGGUGUUGUUCAUCGCGUACUGCGGUGUCGAUGAACAACCCCCUAAAGCAGCACGGCUUGGCUCUGCCUCACUCAGCCGCGUUCGGUGACAACGCAGUAAAGCGCCCCGGCUCGACGGUGUUGUUCAUCGUGUACUGCAGCGUCUAUGAACACCCCCCUAAAGCAGCACGGCUUGGCUCCGUGAUAAGCCACCUCGGUGCUGAAAAAUGAGCCACACCGGCCAGCUGCGAUGAGCCGCAAUGGCUUAUCUCCGCCGCGGAAGUGGAUCGGACGGGAGGCGGUUUGGCCGUGAUCGCAUAUCAUCAGAAUAUGGCUCGAAACAAUAGUGUAAUAUUGCCCCGGUAACUUCACUCGGUUGUGUGGUGUUCUCCUUUUCGAAAAGAGCUUCCGUGUCAGAAGGGGCGUGUUCGUCUCCCAUAGUUAGGGUGCACCGCAUGUUUUCAUUGGCGAAUGUCCGGGUGACGUCGCCAACAGAGGAUGCAGCCAAGACGGCAACCACUUGGAUAUCGUAGAAUGACACUUCUGCAACUUUGCGCAUGGAUGACGUGCUCUCCGCUCACAUUUAUUUUUUCGUAUAGACGUGAAGUGAAUAAUGUUAUGUAUUUUUCAUUACAAUAUCUAUUUUAGAAUGUUUAUAGGGAUGACACUUGGCCUUUAAGGUCCUGAUAACAGGACGGCACUGCUGAUAAUUCCGGUACAGAUUUCAAUUCCUGUAAAUCGGCUGCCGAUCUGUAAACUCUUCUCUUCUAGAGCCCCGAAACACACCUUACUGCAUUCUUCCCCCCAUGCCCUGAUUUGAACGGUGGUCCAGUUGAUGUGUGGGUUGUUUUUUAAGCCAAGGACUGCCCAAGAUGACAUCGCUGCUCCGCGAGUUAAAUACAGGGAAAACUUAUCUUCUAGGUGUGAGCGUCCGGAAUGUCAUCCUCAGAGAUUGUGUACGGUGAGUCACUCGGCGAAGGAAUUUACCAUUGUCCGCAAAUGCGUUGCGGAACCGCUGCGUCUGAAAGGUCACAGGGCUCAAGGCCUUGACUACCCGUGGAUUAAUCAGGUUAGCGUCUGAAUAAGUACGACCCCCCAUGCUCAAGGUGACUCGAAGCAGUGCUCAACUCGAUCCCGCCGCGGUGUACUUCACACUCGGAGUCGUGAUCUUGAGGACGGAGCCCUUGGGCCUGACCGGAGAGUGGGCUAUUAAAUGGCCCGGGCAUCCACAGUAGAAGCAUCGGCCCUCUCGCCGACGUCGCUGUCGUUCCUCUGCCGGACCAAGGUUUUUAUAUUUGCAAACAGACUCCCCAUUGGAGUGACGGGUUGUAUAAAACAUUGGAGAAAGUCUGAGCGUGUGUUUAUUUUUUUAAGACCAAAAACCUGCUUCAGUUCCUUCCCGCCCUCCCGUUUAUUUGGCACACAACCUAAAAGGCCUUCUAGGCUAAUUGAACACACCGGCUGAUCAAUUUACACAUAUGCUCAUAAUGAUUAUUUUAAUGUGUGCUCCAUGUGUCAAUUGCGACUGUUUCUCCUGUUUCUCCUGCGCAUGCUAUCCUUACUUCUUGCAAAUCCGAAAAUGUUUGGCCCCUUUUGUGGUACCCCUUUGGCCUUAUCUGAUACAUAAGGUCAGCAUCUCCUCAAUUUGAACACGGCGAAGUCUAAUCGGUGAUACGGAAGCGCCUCCUUUGACAAGAGAACAAAAGUGUGCACGGUGUUUGAUUCACUUGCACGCUGUCGACUUAUCAAAUUCCCUCUUAAGUAUUAAUAAGGGCUUACUGCUCUGGAGGAGGUCGCAAAAUGCAAGCCCAUGGCAUGAAUGUUGCAGCAACGCGAGUACCUGAUAGCCUUUAACUUGUAGAGACAUAAAUCAGCUCACACAUAUAUUGUACAAUGAUAUCUCAGUGCAGUAUAAUGUUCCCCAAUGUAUGCAAAUAAGAUUGUUUUGCCAUGCGAUGAUCCUGAGGGAAAGAAGAUAAGCAUAAAAGCUGCGAGAACCCAAUGACUGUCUUAUGUGACUGGCAUUAUAGGAAGAAGCUGACGAACCAACACAGCCAUUUGAAACUCCUCAAAAGUUUGAACACAUGCUGGAAAAAAAACAAAAGUAAUUGCAGUGCAAGAAAGGCAGUGUGGUAAGUCAGAUAUUUACUCACCGUACAAUUAUUUCUUCUUGAGGUGUAAUGUUCACAUUGUAAUAAUGUCUGUGAUGCUUGAAUGUUUUGGUACAUUCUGAAGUGUAUGAAUGUUGGUAUCCCUCAAAAUAUUGUAUAAUGCAUGCUGUGAAAUCAUAGGUAAAAAGAAUCUUGCAUGUCUACUUGAUAAAAUGGUGAAUUAAAAAAAAAAACAAGAAAUCUGGAUUCACAACAUUUCUCUCGAUCAGAUAUCUGUUUAUAACUAACUAUAUUAAGCUCUAUCUUGGAGAUCUCUCCAUUUCUAUCCCUACAUUUCUAUGGAGCUCUAGUUUAUCUGUCUCUAAGAUAUUAUCUGUAGCUACCUUUCUCUCCUUCUAUUGUUUUUUACAGAACUCUAGUGCUGCAUCUCUAGCCAUUGCUCCAGCUCUAUCUUGUUGAUCUAUUAUUUCUACCCAUCUACCUUUCGCUCACUCUAAAUAUGCAUAGCCUAUCUAUCUUUAAUUUUUAUUUGUCUAGCUUCAGAUAUCGUUCAUCUUCAUUUUCUCUUUUGCAGCACGGAGGUGAUCAGCGUCUCCUUGGUAUAAGUUUUUAACUGACAUUGGGGGAGGGAGUGGGGUGUGGCGCAGGACCAGAAACUUUGAUCAGCCACAUGGACCAUGGGACACAUCCCGCAGCUCCGUUAGAGGUUGAUGUGGAUCUGGGCUUUGCCCUCUUCUUCCUCGCGCUUCUAUGUUUCUUCUUGCUGGUGACAGUGGUCCGCUGUGCCCAGACAGUGGUCGACCCUUACGGUUCCAUCUCCAUCUCCACCUAUCAGGAGGAGCAGAUUACAUGA